AUGAGUACCGCGGGGAAGCAAGUUGUACAGUAUGGUCUCACAGAACUAUACGCCGCCGAGGAACCUUUGGUGGACAUCGUGUUCGUACAUGGUUUGAAUGGUCAUCCUCGCGAUACCUGGUCUACCUCCAAACCCGAAGUCUUCUGGCCGGCCGACCUCCUUCCUGCUGCCCUGCGAGAUCAAAGACCUCGAAUCCUGACAUACGGCUAUGAUGCGACUGUUGCUGCCUUCACAGAUGGAGUGUCAAAAGACAAGAUACAUGAUCAUGCAGAACACCUGGCCAGUCGGCUGGUUGCCAACAGAGCUUUAAAGAAGGCACAGGAAAGGCCGAUCAUAUUCGUCUGUCAUUCACUUGGAGGCCUCGUUGUCAAGAGAUGUUUGAUAUACUGUCAGAGCGUCCGCCACCACCAACACACAGAGAGAUUGCGGUCCAUCUAUGUCUCAACUUAUGGUAUCCUCUUUCUGGGCACACCUCAUAAUGGUUCGAAUCUGGCCAAAUGGGGCUCGCUGUUACAGAAAAUCUGUGCCGUUGCUUUCCCUAAAAAGUUCCUCGACUCUUCGCCGCAGUUGGUGCAUGCAUUGCAGGCAAACAACGAAACCCUGCAAAACAUCAACCGCCUGUUCAUAGAGGUUAUCGGUCGCUUCCAUGUCUCUUUCUUCUACGAGUCAAAACCCACGGACCUCAAAGGUACUAGGGAAUUUGUGGUCGAGGAGGAUUCAGCCGCCCCACUAAUACAAGGUGUGGAGCGUAUGGGGAUUGAGAAGGAUCAUAGCCAUAUGUGCAAGUUCGAAGACGAAUCAAGCCCGGGUUACGACGUUGUGGCCGCAACAAUACAGAGAUAUGCCAGCGAUGCACCAGCGCUCAUCGAAUCCCGAUGGGUUGAAGAGAAACAGAUUGCGGAUUUACAACGGCAGGCUGCUGCUCGUGAGCUGCUUGGAGACAGUAUCUUUCAGAUGAGUGCAGGAGCCUCGGGGGCUGUGACACCAACCGGGGUGUCUCAAGGAGAUACUAAAUCUAUCUCGAUAAACGAAUCGACGGGAUCCAUCCGGGUGACUGAGCAACCUCUGUCGAGUUCUUCUGGUCUCCUGCUUGUUGCCCCUGUGGGGUUCAGGCCCAAUUCCGUCUUUUAUGGAUUCGAAACGGAGUUUGAACAGCUAGGACAGAAGCUCAGAAAUGAUAAGAGACGGGCCCUUGGGACCUGUGCAGCCCUAUUGUGGGGCCCGCCUGGCUGCGGAAAGACUCAAAUUGCUCGGGAGUAUCUAUGGCGACAUCGUAACGACUACCCAGCAGGUAGCUUCUGGGUCGAUUGCAAGACACGAGAAUCGAGAUCCAAGAGCUUCUGGGAGAUCGGUCAAGCCGUGGCAAUACUUGGAGUCGAUCAACCUCGCGAUCCCGCCUGGGACGAAUCAUCCAAAUUUGUUGAUGCCGUCAGGAGAUGGUUCGAGUCUCGAGAAGGGUGGCUUAUUGUGUUCGAUGGAGUGGCCGCUGAUGACGACGAUGAGAUCCAGGCAUUUGUCCCAUUUAUUCCUGACCGCUCGGGUAACAACAUCAUUUAUACCUCUGUCGAUCAGACUUUGGCGAAGCGACAGAGGCUCCUCAACCCAGCCGGGAUCAAAGUCUCUCCUCUGUCCCAAAAGGAAGCAUGUGACCUUUUAUUUAAGAGCCUUGGAAUCAAGGAACCCAGUGCAUUGCAGGCGAGAAAGGCCGCUGAGGUGGUUAAUCACUACGAAUGCCUUCCACUCGCGAUACAUGCGGCUGCCCAUGCUCUGGUCGCCCGAGGAGUCUCCUUGGAGAAGUUCAAACCGGGCACAUCUGUCCAUCGGCUGGCGGAGCCAUUUCUCGAGAUUCUGUCGGCUCUACGUGAUCAUGCCCAUCCCGAAGCGGUCAAUCUUGUGACCCUGUUGAGCUUCUUCGCUCACACCGUUCCAGUGGCUCUGAUCAGGUUUGGACAACACGCAUUGUUGGAAGCUGGCAUGGAGACGAGAUCCGUAGAGCGCGUGGGAAGCAUGAAAAAGGAGAUGGACAACACCAUUGCAGUCCUCAGACGAUAUGGGUUGGUCGAACGAACAUUGCUGGAAUACGCUGUACCGUCACCGAACCGUUCACACUCUCCCGAAGAGAACAGAAGCCAACGAAGUGUCACUGCGAGCAGCAUUGAACGGCCCACUACGGAACUGGAACAACAUCCCACAGAUGACUUCAACGCCAUGCUGGAAUCUCAUAUAACCAACCAGUCCGAACAAUCCUCGAUGGAAUCAGUUACCUAUAGUAUCGAUAUCCUCCGAAUUCAUAGCGUCGUUCAAGAAGUUGUUCGGGACGAACUGAAGCUCCGUUGUUCAGACCAGCCUGAGCAUUAUUGGUGGUGGCUCACCGUUGCCACAAACUUGCUGUGCCAGUCAUACGCCGUUGCAGAUGCGAAGAUCAAGAAUUCCAAAGGUCGUGGACUUGUCCGUGAUUAUCGAGACUACGAGACACAAGCGACGCGGAUCUGGUCCCAUUUCCCCAAAUCAGCUUCAGAUGCACCACCAUUUCUUCGCAAGGCCCGGCAUAUGCUCCAUGAGACAAUCCGGUCUAUCCGGAAGGAAAUCCAGAAUGAAUCGCCGUCACAGUCCUUCGACAGUCUUAAACACCGGGUGCAAGCAUCAAUAUUCGAGCGAGCAUCCAGCACGUCUUCUGACAGCCCUGAUGGCGAGAGUGGGAUGACGAGGACAUCGACGUGGACAUUAGAACAAAUGGACAGUCAUACCGAGUCCCCAACCCAGAUUCACCGCGUCAUGGAAUUCGACGAUAGUGCUUCCGAAGGUAGCUGGACGGAGCGGUGGUCAGAUGCAGGAGGAGGCAGUUCAGGAGCUCUCAAUGCUAGUGGCUACCAUUCAAGACGGCCUAGUGAUGCUGCCACACAAGAGGCUGCGACAACAGAAGCUAGUUUCAUCCAACCUCGACGCUCUUCCAUCUUGCAGGCCAUCUUCCAAGGACGUUCGAUGCCGUCCACAAAACAUAAAGACCUUGGCGAAUGGAAGCCUAUGCCUGCACCCCCAACUCUUUCUCAUGGCCAGGCACAAGUUCGAUCACGCACCUCGUCGUUCACAAGCGGCAGUGAUGAGUUCGCGUCGAGACCGAGGUCUACAGGUUCCGAAGCAUCAGCGUCUCUGGCAGCCGUUCAUCGAGCUAGUCCUCCGCCAGCAAGAGGAGGGAGGAUAAAAACUCCAAGUCGGCCACAGUCCAUGGAUAGGACCAGCCCGGAUGGCGAACGGCAACCACUGGCUCUCAGGUCGCCCAACCAGAGGAUGUCCCCGUUGGCGACCGAAUUUGAGCCUGGCGUGAUUCUUCCAGCCUUUGAAACCACAGAAACACCGAGAAAACAUACUCGACACGUCUCAUCGUCGCCUCGUCUUGUUCAGGCCGCAUUGAACAAUCAGACCGCAAGGACGAUGGCAACGGCCCUACCCAUCGAGGAGAACAUCUCCAUCACUCGGCGGAUAAGUGUGGCUGAUCCAUCCGUGUUGGCACAAUCGCUGCCAGUUUCACCUCAUGCAAUUGUGGAAGAACGGCUUCAGCCCUCGAGAAUUAUCCCCCUGGGUUAUACGUCACAACCAAUGUCCCGCGACACUUCCAGAGAAUCCAAUGCUUCACUGGCCACUGCGCCGCCAGCUGUUCCCGGGUCGGCAUCACUGAGCACAUCGCCGCAGAUCCGCGAGCCUUAUCUGUAUAGCAGACCCGGUCCUGCUUCUAUUGAUUUGGUGGCAGCAAAUGCGUGGGAGCAAGGGAUCCGGGUCGAAGACGCUGAGGAACCGGCUAACUCGUCGUUGGAGUUCGACGGCGAAGACGGUUUCGGACCGCCGCAACCCCGGUUCCGGUCCGGAGACAAUACAAUUUGA